AAUGGCAAAUCGAUUCUACCUUAGAAUAGAGGAAGAGGAGGAAGGAAAAAAAGCUGAGUUAUACGAUGAGUAUCUACAUGAGUCGAUUAUUUCCAAGAUCUAAUUCAAGUUUAUUCUUAACUAGUGGAAAGGCCUUACAAUCUCAAGUUUUACGCUUAGGUGAAGAAAAGUUCUUGGUGGAUGCUGGACCUGGCACCCCCAGAAUUUGUUUGAAAGAUGAGCUUACAAGAGUGCCAACAAACCGAUCCAUCACCAGGUUUGAGAAUAAGGUAGGAUCCAUGGAUCUAGUGGCCGGAGGUGAAUCACCACAGAUCAGAAAGAAGAUUUUGGAGAGAUUCUUCAUCGAUCUAGUGGCUGGCGAAUCACUUAUCAAAGAGCGAGCAGCAGCCAGGUUCAAUGAUUUGGUUGGAUCGGAAAUCACUGAUGAUGAUCUUCUUCUUCCACGAAGAUUCAGACAAAACCGAGCUUGGAUGGAACUCAACAAGAUUUGGCGAACGAAUACAAAGGUAAAAGGCUUUAUUAUUGAUAAAGUUAGAGGAGGUUAUGCAGUAGCCAUUGCGGGUUUCGUUACUUUUCUUCCGCUCCGUUAUCACAGAAGGAAAAGAAGUUUAUCAUCGAAUGAUCGAUUCACCAUUGAGAGCAUUAACCCCAAAAGGUCCAAUAUUGUGGUCUUCUAACACCGGCAGAUCAAACAAUAACUUUUGUUGAGGGUCUGGCACUUAUUACAGGCCGCUCUGUUAUUGUCUGAUUUUUAUUUUAGUUCUCUAAGUUUUAUUUUGAUUUGGAUCCAAAUUUCUUAAAAUUGAACUGUUGAAUCGCUGCAAUUUUUUGAUUAUGCACGGAAACUGUUUGAUGAAAUGGCUGAAAAAUGUGGUGAGUGAUUAAGGAAAUUAGGAAGCUCUUUGAUAGAGUGGAUGCCAAGAAAAAAUGUGGUUAUAUGCUCUGAACCACCGACACUUAACAAUUUUGACGUGUCCUGUGCGACACUUCGACACUCCCCGACCCGACACUCCA